AUGUCUGUUGAAUCCACCUUAAAACCUCUCUUCUCUCAGAUCGAUUCACUUAAGCCUAAUUUCAUCGAAAGAUUACGCCAUGCCGUUUCCAUCCCCUCUGUUUCGGGCGAUGAAGACCUCAGACCUAGCGUCAUCAAGAUGGGUGAAUUCCUCAAAUCUGAGUUGGAGAAAUUGGGUGCUGAUGAGGUCCAAUUGAAACAUUUAGGCACUCAGUCCGAUGCAAUCAAGAAGGGCCUAGCUUUGCCCCCUGUUGUGGUUUCACGUUUCGGUAGGGAUCCUACCAAGAAGACCGUUUUGGUCUACGGUCAUUACGAUGUUCAGCCUGCAUUUAAGGAGGACGGUUGGAAUACUGAGCCAUUUGAAAUGGUCGAGAAGGACGGCAAGUUACUUGGCCGUGGUUCCACGGACGAUAAAGGACCUGUCAUUGGCUGGUUGAACGUCUUGGAAGCUCACAGGGCAGCUGGAAUUGAGUUACCUAUCAAUCUUAUAACGUGUUUCGAAGGUAUGGAGGAAAGUGGAUCUAUCGGCUUGGAUCAGCUUAUCCAUGAUGAAGCUGACAAGUUCUUUAAAGGUGUCGAUGUCGUCUGUAUCUGCGAUAACUACUGGUUGGGAACGAAGAAACCAGUUCUUACGUACGGCCUCAGAGGUGUCAACUAUUACCAGAUGACCGUUGAGGGUCCUGCCGCCGAUUUACACUCGGGUAUCUUUGGUGGUAUUGUCUAUGAACCAAUGACAGACUUGAUUAAGGUGAUGUCUCAAUUGGUCGACGAGAAGGGAAACAUCCUCAUUCCCGGUAUCAAUGACAUGGUUGCUCCUCUUACUUCCAAGGAGGAAGAUUUGUAUAAGGACAUCGAUUACGACGUCGAGGAGUUGGGUAAAGCUACUGGUGCUGAAGAUAUAUCCGUCUACCAAAACAAAAAGGACAUCUUGAUGCAUCGUUGGAGAUAUCCUUCCUUAUCUCUUCACGGAAUCGAAGGAGCAUUUUCAGGUGCUGGUGCAAAGACCGUUAUUCCGGCAAAGGUUUCCGGAAAGUUCUCCAUUCGUACCGUUCCAGAUAUGGAAUCCGAGAAGUUGACCAAGUUGGUUUAUAACUACAGUGAAAAGGUGUUUGCUGAAUUGCACUCUCCCAACAAGUUUAGCAUUGUACUAGUCCAUGACGGUGAUUACUGGUUGAGUAAUCCAUUCAAUGAAGCAUUUACUGCUGCUAAGAAUGCCACCAAAUUGGUUUGGGGAGUGGAACCUGACUUCAUCAGAGAAGGAGGUUCUAUUCCUAUCACUCUUACCUUCGAGAACGAGUUGAAGACAAGUGCUGUUCUUUUACCUAUGGGUAAAGGAGAUGAUGGUGCCCACUCUAUCAACGAGAAGCUUGAUAUUAAGAACUACAUCGAAGGCAUUAAAACCAUGAGUGCCUACUUGCAUUUUAUUGAUGGCCAUCCCCGCAAUUACAAAUAUACUCAAUAUUUCAACAACCUCAACUAUGAUGGUCGCAUGUUCGAAAAGAAUGGUGAUUCGGCUACUGCAAAGUACUAUAAGUCCCACCGUGUUUAUAGGCCGCAGAUGAUGAAGGGUGAAGAAAACAGUGGUCAUAUGGGCUUGAUGCGAUCGCGGUUCAAUAGCUUCAUCAACGUUCCCUCCGUUUUCAGCGACACCAUUCUGACAGGGCUCGCGUACCAUGCGGGACUCAAUUUGGGACCUAAUGUAUAUUUACUGGGGGGUCUCCAGUGUCUGACAAGACAGAAAUACGAGACGUACCUAUGCGGGUUGACCAAGAACUUCUCCAUCCCACCACAAAAUGUUACAAUCAAGUUCGAUUACGAUCUUCCCUUGCCUCUCACCAAGGAUAAGCUCAUCAACUUGGCCUCAAUUCCUAAUAGCAAUAUCUACAAGUAUUCGAGUGAGUCAAACACCAUGUCGAAGGUGAUGGAUACUACAAACUGCGACGGGUUCAGCCCUCUUCUCUGUUCUGCUGUCGCUGCCAUUAGCGAAUCAUCUUUUAUUACAUAUGGAGGACUGCAAUUACACACUUCUGUGACUUAUCCGGAUUCAAAUCAUGCCGUUGUGGAACGGAAACUGAUACCGAGUAACGACUUUUGGAUGUUUGAUUCACGCAGAAUCUCUCUCAGACCAAUUCGAAUCUCUGUCCAUCCGACUUACAGUGCUAAUGACCCCAUUGCAAUAGCCAGAUUUGGUCACAAGUUGUCUAGUGUCACGUUAGAGCAAAAUAAUGAAGUCACUCAUCCUCAUCACAAUGACAGAGUCAGCAAUCUUGAUGGGGAUAACCGCGGAGGGUUGCAGAUUGGCUCUUCACCUUGCUCACCGCACCAGAGCUCUCCCAGAUUUUCGAAACCAGCGCUUGUACUUGUGAUGGGAGGUUAUAGAACUUCUGACUCUUCUGGAGGCUCUCAAUCAUUUGUUGCGAUGAACGACCUCUGGAAGUGUGAGAUCUUCUUUAAUCGCAGCGAGUUUUCUGAUGAGGCUAUCUGCUGCCCGAUUGGAAAUUUCGACUUAAUCAGUGACAAAUACAGUUAUAUGAUCGAUGAUCAGGCCAAUUCGUUGCCUCCUAUCACUGCCAGCUAUCAUUUUGGUGGUGUUAUAAAUCAUUACAAUGGAUGCGAUUGGCCUAAACCUCGUGGUUUCUUUACUAUGGAAUUGAUAGAACGGCCCGACGUGGCAAAAUACUAUAACCAGCUGAGAGACAGUUCACCUUUAUCGUCAUCAUCGGUCUCUGUAGAGUCACCAGUCUCCCCCAUGUCUCUUUCUUCUCCCAUAUCUGCGGAGCUGGAUAUAGGGAUUUCCGCAUCUUCUGAUAGUUCAAGCCCCAACGAAUCCUUAUACAGGCAUCCUGUCGGUAUUCCCUCGGUGCAUGCGCAGUUUCCCAGCAGAAUAUCUACUUCUCAGUCUAACAAGUCGAAUGCCCUUCGAAGUAUAGCCACCCGAAUGUCGUCCUCCAGUGGGAGUCAGCUGUCGUCUUCUAGAAACACAUCUAUUUCGGCAUUAUCCUAUGGAUCUCCUACGAAUCCUUCAGAGGGUGCUCAUACCCACAAAAACAAAUUCCUUGGCUCUAGAAUGCUCAUUAUAUACGGUGGUUCCUCUACAGUAUACACUAGACUUGUCUCCUCAGAUGGUUGUAGGUCACACUUUUCCUGGAAAGAGAUGCUUGGGGAUGUCUGGUGGUUUGAUUUCCAGUCGGAGCGCUGGAAAAAGCUUGAUACUUACUAUGAGGGUAAAAAGGUCGAGUUGAAGGUCUGUGGCCACGAUGUGUCAGCUAAUAAUCAACAUAUGAUGAUGUUAGGAGGAUUACAACCCAAUAAUAUUUUUGGAAAUUGGGGUCAGGUGAAAGAUAUAAUUGAGAAGGAGGAUCCUCGUCAAGUCAUAGAUUCUGACCGGCUGCAGAAGUGCCGAAAAUUGAUUGAAAUCUACCGUCAAAAAGAGGAGUCUUUAAACACCUCUAUUACAGACAAGAUGGGCUGCAUAGGAUUUCAUCCAUUAAAUAAAUCUACUAAGACUGGCGAAAAGUUUAGCGAUAGUCGAGGCUACUACACUUCGUUCGUGCUCAACCUUGAAACGUGCCGCUGGGAAGCCGUCGAUUUCCUUUUUGUGAAGAGAAUGAGGGCUUUCCUGGAUGGAAAGUCUAACAUGCUAUACGCCUGUUCUCCAAUGAUGAAACUGGAUUCCAAACUAAUCCUCUUUGGAGGUGACGUACGGAAGAUCGAUGUCGCGACACAUAAGGAAAGGUCAGAUGAUUGUCAAAAUAUUUACGGUGGGAACAUCAUGGAGGUUUACUCUCCGUUCUUAAAAAUAUAA